UGCUCGAAGUAAAAAAACAAAAAACAAAAAUCGACGAAAGCGUUUAAGGCAGGCAGCUAUGGAAAAUCAAAAGCCCUGUUUCAGGUUUGAGAUAGAUAACUUCUCGGAGAAGAAAGGUGCAAUAGCGUCUCAGACAUUCAUCAGUGGCGGAUGCGAAUGGUUUCUCUACGUUUAUCCGAAGGGAAAUAAUCUCUGUGAGGAUUACUUGCGCCUAUACAAUGCAAACUCUAAAUCAUUAGGAAGUGAAUGGAAAGGGAGUGCUCACUGUUACUUCUCUUUGCUGAAUCAAUCUGACAAAGAGAUCUACAGAUCAUCGACUGAUCUUGCACUCUAUCCGUUUGGCGCUAAGGCUCCAUCCUGCGUUUUCGCAACGGCCUUGCCUCUAAGCAAGUUACGGGAAAAAGGGUUGUUGGAGGAGGACAGAGUCAUCAUUGAAGUCUACAUCAAAGUUGUGAAAGCUGUAUCAAAGAAGAAGGAGACUGUGGUGGAUAAUAUCAGUUCCCAAGAUUAUGCUUCUCAGGUUGAAUUAGUGAGAAAGAUAUUCGCAGAGCACCCAGAAGUUGCAGAAGAAUUCAAACCAAAGAAACAAGUGCUAAAUGCGCUGAGGAAUGCUUGCAGUAAGGUUAGCGAGCUAGUAGCGGAAGUAAAGGUGCAUGACUGGUUGAAGUCAAAGCUUAAUGACUUUUCCUCGGAGAGUAAGAAAGCAGAUGAUGAUCUUGUUUGA